CCCCCCUCCCCCUCCCCUCUCGUCCCAUUCGCCGCUGUGUCUCCGGCCAGAGAGGAUGUCGGGCUCGCCGCUCCCCAGCUCCCUGGCCCUGUCCCUGCUGCUGGUCACCGGCUCCCUGCUCCCGGGGCCCGGCGCCGCACAGAACGCUGGGUUUGUCAAGUCGCCCAUGUCAGAAACUAAACUCACGGGGGACGCCUUUGAGCUGUACUGUGACGUGGUUGGGAGCCCCACUCCAGAGAUCCAGUGGUGGUACGCAGAAGUCAACCAGCCAGAGUCUUUCAGACAGCUGUGGGACGGUGCUCGGAAGCGCCGUGUCACCGUAAACACCGCCUACGGGUCAAACGGCGUGAGUGUGCUGAGAAUAACCGGCCUCACCUUGGAGGACUCUGGGACUUACGAGUGCAGGGCCAGCAACGACCCAAGGAGGAAUGACUUGAGGCAAAAUCCCUCCCUAACAUGGAUCCGAGCCCAGGCUACCAUAAGCGUCCUUCAGAAGCCCAGGAUAGUCACCAGUGAAGAAGUCAUCAUUCGAGACAGCCCUGCCCCUCCCUUCACGCUGCAGUGUAACCUCACCUCCAGCUCCCACAGCCUCCAGUACAGCUACUGGACCAAGAAUGGGGUGGAAUUGACGGCCACCCGCAAGAACGUCAGCAACAUGGAAUACAAGGUCAACAAACCCCGAUCAGAGGAUUCAGGCGAAUACCACUGUGUGUUUCAGUUUUUCAGUGCCCCGAAGGCAAAUGCCACCAUUGAAGUUAAAGCUGUGCCUGAGAUCACUGGCCACAAAAGAAGUGAGAACAAGAACGAAGGGCAAGAAGCCCUCAUGUACUGCAAGUCAGUUGGAUACCCUUACCCAGACUGGGUGUGGCGAAAGAAGGAAAAUGGCGUGUUUGUGGAUUUACUCAAUGCCUCUGGCCGAUUCUUCAUCAUCAACAAGGAAAACUACACUGAGCUGAACAUCAUUAACCUCCAAAUUACUGAAGAUCCUGGAGAGUAUGAGUGUAAUGCGACCAAUGCCAUUGGCUCAGACUCCUUCAUCACUGUCCUGAGAGUGCGGAGCCACCUGGCCCCACUCUGGCCCUUCCUGGGGAUCUUGGCUGAAAUUAUCAUUCUUGUGGUGAUCAUUGUGAUAUAUGAAAAGAGGAAGAGGCCGGAUGAGGUUCCAGACGAUGAUGAACCAGCUGGGCCAAUGAAAACCAACUCCACCAACAAUCACAAAGAUAAAAACUUGCGCCAGAGAAACACAAAUUAAGUACUGCUUACAAUAGCUUUAGUUUCCUGAGACUGGUGGCAACAUGACCUGCUCAAUUUUAUGCCUGGACCUCUUUGGUUCCAUAACUCCAGCUGUAUUUGAUUUUUUUUUUCUUUUUCUCUCCUGAUUUUCCAAGUGAGCAACAAUACGACUGUCUAAAGCAUGCCUUAUUUAGCCUCUCCUAUAAGGAUGACCUAGCCAGAUACAUUUUAAACAAUGCUUCACUAUAGAAGGUGUAAACUAUUUGGGGCUUGAUGUGCUGUGAAUGUUGCAUUUUUUCCUUUGUGAAAAUAUUUAAAUAGAAGUAAGAAAGGUCCUGUGAGGAUCAGCUCAUGCAUGCGCCAUCUUUUACUUAAUGCAGCUAUUACAUUGGCAAAGCUCUAAAUUGCACUGCUGCCAUCUAGUGAUACAUUUUUGUAAAGUACAGCAAACCUAAAAAUAUAUACAGUAUAUAUAUAUAUAUAUAUUAUAUAUAUUUAUAUUUUUGGGGGUGGGGAAAACCAAAAUACAGUAAACGCUUGAUUCCUUUUUAAGCUGCUGAUAUUCAUUCCUUAUUGUAUGUUGUCAGAUGAGAGAAUUAUAC